UAUAAUACAUUUGUUUAGAAUCAUUUGUUUAGCGAGGGCCAUAAAAGCAAGGUUUUCGGGGUCAAUGUCAACCAUUCGACAUCAAGAUGCGUUUCUGUCUGCUGUUCUUUUUGGCCCUGAGCUGCUGUCUGCUGCAAUUCUCUGCGGCUGGAUUGAAUUUGGCGCGUGGAUUUGAGUCUGUGGGUUACUUUCGCAACAUGACAGGGUCAUUACCACCACGUGGUGCUCCUCCACCACCUCCCAGCACCACAGACAGAUCUUCUGGAUAAAAGGAUCGGAAACUGUACCCAAAUCCUGGCUAAAACCCUUUGACGAACCUUCUUAAUGAACCCUUAUGUAAACUUUAGUUCUAUGUAGUCCUCCAGCUUCAAAUAAAAACAAGCUAUCCAGCAAUAAACAAUUUUAAUUCACUGAAAAUAAUGUGGAACAGAACUACAAAUUAUUACACAUGAAUGAAUUUAAGUAUACCUUAGAGUAAAU